GUGUCUUCUUUACUGGUUUUGUAGAUCAACCAUUGUCCAUUCAAACACCAUUCCUCCAAAGGAACAACCGCAAGUCCCUGUGGCGUCAUUGUCGAGUGAAGGGCGUCCCCAUGUGCAUGAUGGAGCAUGUAAUAAUAACCCCAGCUCUAGAGAUGCAGAGAGGAUGAUCUCCACUGGCAUCGUACCCCCUAGGACUUCACAGGCUUCCCAAAGGAUUUCACAUGGAGCUGGUGUUGCAAAACCAGGCAAAGUUGUUUAUGAGAAUGGGAGUACCACGAAAGAUGCUUACGAUCCACGAAGGUUCAUUAUUAGGAGUGCCGUUCUUCCUCCUCAAAAUACACUUAAUCCUGCCUUUUCUGGCUACUCACGCCAGCUAGUGCCCAAGUCCCAAAGGGAAGAAGAGGUGAGGACCUCCAACUCAUCUCAACAGCAACAACCGCGACAACACCAGCACCACAUGUCCAACCAUAAAGGCCCAGUUUCAGGUGAUGUAACCAUCGACAUCAGUACUUCUAACCCCUUCUGUUUCUCGAGACUGACCAGCAAUGGCAAGGCAGCAGACGCCGGUGAAGACGCAACUGCAAUUUUGCAGGCCAAAUCGCAGUUCAAUGGGAUGGCAGCUGCAGCUGCUGCUGCGGCUUCUAGGCAAGUUGGCGCUGUUCAGUAUGGUAUGUCAAGGAUGUAUUAAGUGAAGCCAUCAUCAUCACUGUUUUCUUCCAUGUUGUAAUAUUGGGAAAUUGUUGUAUUAGGCGUUAAGACUUUUUAUGCCAUCCGUCCCCACGAAAAGGUAGAGGAAAGGAAAGGAAAGGAAAUGAAAACAUAGGAAAAAAGGUCUAUUUGUGAUGGAUGAAUUUGUCCAUUAGUUGUUUCCUUCUAGUCUUUGGUGUUUAAAUUAUGACGUGUCCUCUGGCUGGUUUGUAAGGGGGAGGAGGUACAGAAUUCAAAGGAAAAUUUGAAGGAAAAGGAUUUGUUUGGCUCAAGCUGAAGCCCUAGUGAAAUUGGAAUUUAAUUUACUUUUGGAAUGUUUUGUUGCUGUUAGUUUAGCAGCUAAUCUGCAUAUGUACGCCCUUACGAUCACCUUUUGUUUGUUUACCAUGGAUGACUAAUGAUGGUGACUUCUGAGUAACAGAAUAUAAGCAAGAAUAUAAGCAGUGGUGCUGGAUUUUGUGGA